AUGAAGUUCGCAAAUACAUUGCUGCUGCUGGGUGCAGCGGCAAGCUUUGUCGCUGCUUGGAGUAAAGAAGACCACGAGAUCUUCCGUAUCAAAGACGAAGUCGAAGCUACAGAGGGCAAUAUCAACUUCUAUGAAUUCCUGAACGCUCCCUCGAUCUACGCCACCCAAGACGAACUCAACAAAGCCUACCGAAAGACCUCCCGCCAAAUCCAUCCCGACAAGUUCACUCCUCCCUCAAAGCUAAGAGCGGCAGGAAAAACCCCAACCCACUACCCUCCAAAAUCGACCUAUCUCCCACAAACUCGUAAACAAGCAGACGAACGUUUCGCCCGUCUCGGUCUCGUCGCAAACAUUCUUCGAGGCCCCGAAAGAGAACGAUAUGAUCAUUUCUUAAGAAAUGGUUUCCCAAGGUGGAGAGGUACCGGAUAUUAUUACUCCAGGUUUAGACCUGGUCUUAUCAGUGUUCUGUUGGGAUUAUGGGUUGUUACUGCUGGUGGAGCACAUUACUUGGUCAUGAGGAUGAAUUAUACCCAGCAGAGGAAAUUCAUGGAAGGUUAUAUCAAGGACGCCAGAACUGCUGCAUGGGGUAACAGUAACCUCGGUGCUGGUCUAAACCUCGACGUCCUCGGAGAUAGCGGCACUCCACCCCCCAGCGGUCCCGCAGGAAAUCGUAAACAACGUCGGGCAGCAAAGGGAAAUGGAGGAUCCGGUACUGCCACCCCAACCGCUGAAAAGCCACAACAUGUAGCCAAGAGAAAAGUUACAAGCGAGAAUGGAAAGGUUUUCAUGGUUACUAGCUUGGGAGAUGUAUCAUUGUUGGAAGAGGAUGAGGAUGGAGUUGUUCAAGAGUAUUUGCUGGAUUUGGAGGAGAUUCCCAAGGCGCAAUGGUCGAAUACUGCGAUGGUCACAGUGCCUAAGCGACUUGUUGGGUGGGUUUUGGGAAAAGUUGGAAUGGGAGGGAAGGAUGCUAAGGACGCUUUGAAGGAUGCGCCUGAGGUUACUAUUGUGGAGGGAGAGAAUGUUGAUGAGUUUUUGGAGAAGAAAGGAUUGAAGAAGAGGAAUAAGGGACCUGGAAAGAGGUGA